GUAUUCAUAAGAAUCUCCAUUUUGCCAUUAUUCUAGAUAUAGAUGAUUAUGAAUUAUUCAGUAAUUGGUUACAAUCGAAUCCUUCAUUUUAUAAAUAUUGUUCUGUUCAAUCGAUGGAUUGUUGGUCUAAAUUUAGUUUACUUCAAAUUCCUAAACUACUGAUACCUAAAUCUUGUAUACCGAAUAACACAAAUAGUUUUAUUCAAGCUUGUGUCAACAUUCAUAAUUCAGCUCCUUAUCCUCAUAUGAUGAUGCCCACACCACGUCACUUUAUUUCAUUAUGCAAUAAUUAUGCCCGAGUGGAACAAAAUCAUAGACAAAAAUUACAAUCAGAAGUUAAACGACUAAAAAGUGGUUUAAUCAAGUUGAAAGAAGCACGUGAACGUGUAACACAAUUGAAACAGCAUGCAGUUGAACAAGGUGAACUGCUGGUUGAAAAACAAACUGAAGCUGAUAAAGCUUUAGAACAAAUAAGCGCUGCAAUACAGGGUGCAGCUGAACAACGUUCAGAAAUGGAGAAAUUACAAAGUCGGACAACAGAUGAAUCCACUCGUUUAGAACGUCGAAAAUUGGAAAUUGAUGCAGAACUCAGUGAAAUUGAACCACUAGUUCAUCAAGCUAGAUCUGCUGUUGGAAAUAUAAAGUCAGAAGCUUUGUCUGAAAUUCGUGCAUUACGUGCACCACCGGAUAUUAUACGUGAUAUAUUAGAGGGUGUUUUAUUACUUAUGGGCAUACGUGAUACAUCAUGGGUUAGUAUGCGUGGAUUUUUAGCUAAAAGAGGAGUUCAAGAGGAGAUUUUGAAUUUUGAUGCUAGAAAAAUUACACCAGAUUUACGUCUUAGUGUUGAGGAGUUGUUAGCAAAAAACCAAGAAUCCUUUGAACCAAGGGUUGCUAAACGUGCAUCCGUCGCAGCUGCUCCUUUAGCCACAUGGGUUCGUGCUAAUGUACAAUAUGCUAAAGUGUUGGAACGUAUUGCUCCAUUAGAAGUAGAGCAUGCUAAAUUAAAACAAUCAUUAAUUCAAGCUGAAAAUUCAUUGACAAGUUUAAGUAAAGGUUUAAGUAAUGUAGAUUCUAACGUAGCUAAUCUACGGACUGUUUUUGAAAAGCGUACAUCCGAAGCAGCAAAUUUAAAAAUGGAGCUUGAAAAAACACGUGAAACAUUGUUGUCAGCUGAAACAUUAGUCGGUGAAUUAGAAAGUGAGCAUACACGCUGGGAUAAUCAGAUCAAUGAAAUAACUAUACAGUUAGCUAGUCUACCACCAUUCGCACUGAUUGCAUCUGCAUUCAUAACUUAUUUAUCACCUUGUCCUGAAGAUGUGCGUCGGCAACAAAUCACAAAUUGGAUUAAAGAUUUAACUAAUCUUGGUAUAAUGCCAACAUCUUUAUCUUCUGAGAUAAACAACGAUCGCACACCAAGUCAAGAUUUUGAUUUACGUAGAUUUUUAUCUACUGAACAUGAGCAGUUGUUAUGGUAUAGUCAAGGUCUAUCGUCAGAUCAAUUAUCAGGAGAAAAUGCUGUUACUAUUGUACAUACUACAAUGUGUCCAUUCAUUAUUGAUCCGUCGUCAAGAGCAUUAAACUGGUUAAAGGUUUAUUUGAAAGAUCAACGUUUAGAAAUUGUAAAUCAACAAAGCCCAAAUUUUAUAACAACAUUAGAAUUAGCUGUUAGAUUUGGAAAAUGUUUAAUUGUACAAGAAGUUGAUGAAAUUGAACCCAUACUUAUGCCACUAUUAUCAAAAGAUUUGAUUUUACAAGGAUCACGAAAUUUUAUAAGAAUUGGUGAAAAAUUAAUAGAUUAUCAUCAAGAUUUUCGUUUAUUUCUAUGUACACGUAAACCAUUACAAGGCAUAGAUUAUAUUCAACCAAUUAGUGCUAAUGCAUUAGUUACUAUUAUUAAUUUUAUUUCAACACGAACUGGUUUAAUAGAACAAUUAUUAGAGAUUACUUUACAAAAUGAAUGUCCACAAUUAGAAAAUCAACGUCAACAAUUAAUUCAUCAUGAAGAGAAAAUGAAAGUGGAAUUAGCUAAAUUAGAAAAUGAUUUACUAGAGGAAUUGUCAAAUGCUCAUGGUAAUAUAUUAGAGAAUAAAGAACUUUUGUCAUCAUUAAAUAAAACGAAGCAAUCAAGUUUAGUUGUAACGAAUUCAUUGAAAGAAUCCCUACGUUUACAAGCUGAAUUGAAUAAGGAGAGAAAUGUAUUUUAUCCAUUAGCUGAAACUAGCAGUCGACUUUAUUUCGCUCUGAAAGAUCUCAUGAAAAUUAAUCAUAUGUAUCAAUUCAGUUUAAACAGCUUUCUAUAUCUUUAUCAACGUGCUCUCUCUAUGCCACAUAAUACUGGACUGAAGACAUCAGAACGUAUUCAAUCAUUGCAAAAACAUAUAGAACAAUUAGUUUAUGAAAAUGUCUGUCGAGCAUUAUUUAAACCAGAUCGUUUAAUGUUUGCAUUACACAUGGUUCGUACAAUGCGUCCACAAUCAUUAACAGAUGAAGAAUGGCUAUUUUUUAUUGGAUUUAAUGUAAUGGAAUCAUGUCAUACUGGUGAGAAUCUUUACAGUUGGUUAGAUGCUGAACGAGCUCGUAACUUGAUGAAGCUUAAAAGUGCACUUCCGAAUAUUUAUGAAAAUCUAUGUUUUGAAGAUUCUCAAUUUUGGACGAAUUGGUUACAUGAGAAUGAUGUUGAAAUGAAACCAAUGCCUAAGAAUCUACAAUCGAAAUCAUUGACACCUUUUCAUUUCACAGUUCUUGCAGUUCAAGCUCUUCGACCUGAUCGUUUAUAUUCUGCUAUGUCACAGUUUGCUAGUCGAACAUUAGACUUACCUCAACUAAGUCCAUCAACUUUGAAUUUACACAGAUUAUUUGAAACUGAAACAAGAUCAACAGAACCUAUUCUAAUAUUAAUUAGUCCAGGAGCUGAUCCAUCACAAGAAUUAUCUGAAGCAGCUACACUUCAUUUCUCACGUAAAAUAUUUAAUAAAACAUCAGAGACAACCUCAUCACAUUAUCGUCAAAUUGCUAUGGGUCAAGGUCAGACCGACUUAGCCAUAAAAGAACUACAUUUAGCUGCAAAACAUGGUGAUUGGUUAUGUUUGAAAAAUUUACACCUUGUUAUACAUUGGCUACCAGUAUUGGAGAAAGAAAUUAACACAUUGUUGAAUAUCAAUAAGAAAAGUUCAAUUAGUCCUAGCAAUAAUGGUAAUAAUGAUAAUUAUGAUAAUGGUACAAUUAAUAAAUCUAUUGAUACUGAACAUUGUGUACAUGAAGAUUUCAGAUUAUGGUUAACUGCAGAACCACGUACCACAUUUCCAUCUACAUUAUUACAAGGUUGCCUUAAAAUAGCUUAUGAAGCUCCACCUGGAUUAAAACGGAAUCUACAAAGAACUUAUGAAACUUGGCCAAGAAACUAUAUAUCUCAAGGAAAUUCAAAGACUCGAGCAACUCUACUUGCAUGCCUAGCUUGGUUUCAUGCUGUUGUGCAAGAAAGACGAACUUAUAUCCCACAGGGAUGGACGAAAUUUUACGAGUUUACAUUUGCUGAUCUUCGUGCUGCAGCCGACGUAAUCGAUCGGUUAUUAUUGACAGAUCAUGGUCAAAUAUCUAGAACAACUGAAGAUAUUUGGUCGUGGAUUCAUGGUUUAUUUGGUGAAUCAAUUUACGGUGGUCGUAUGGAUAAUACAGUGGACUUAAGUGUAUUAAAUUCAUAUCUAACUUCAAUAUUUAACGAUGAUACAGUGAGAAAUCGUCAACUUGGUCCUUUCAAACUACCUGGUACAAUUGAAUUAAAAGACUAUAUUGUUCAAAUCAAUACUUUGCCUGAUCACGAUCUUCCUAUAUAUUUUAAUUUAUCACCUAAUAUUGAAAAUAGUAUGCAAAGAAGUGAAGCCAAUCGUGUAAUUGCUCAACUUAGAUUACUUAAUCGACCUGCCAUGGAUACUAAACAUAAAUUUGAUAAAAGUCUAUGGAGUAAAGAAUUAGGACCAAUAUUGAUAUUAUGGAAGAAACUUAAUCAAGGUUUAAAUUUAUUACAAUCUCGAACAUCAAACAAAACUAACAAAUCUACCCUGUCUAAGUCAGGAGACGAUAUCAGUUCUGAGAAUAGAUCAACAAUAGAAAGUCCGAUUCAAGAAUUUUUACAUUUAGAAUUACAUAACGCUCUUCAGCUUAUUCAACAUGUGCAUUUAAGUUUAGCUAGUAUUGCACGAGCAUGUAAAGGGACUCAGUUAGUAACUGGAGUUAUGCAUCAAUUAGCUAAUAGUUUAUUACAUGGUGAAACACCUGAUUCAUGGUUAUUACAAUGGCCUGAAGGACCGAAUGAAGUAGUCCCUUUCCUACGAGAAUUAGUUGUUAAAGCGAAUGCUGUACAAACGUGGACCAAACAGGCAGAAAACAAUCAGUUUUCCAAUGAACAAAAUGUACAAUCUUUAGACUUAGCCAAUCUAUUUCAUCCGGCCACCUUUUUAAACGCUUUACGUCAACAAAGUGCAAGAUGCUUGAAUGUACCAAUUGACACACUUAAACUAUCAUGUCAAUGGCUGGAAUCAAAUGAUCGUAGGAAUAAAUCCUCUGGAAAUAGUCAAUCAUUACCAAUACGUAUUACGAAUUUGAAAUUGGAGGGUGCCAAUUUCCGAAAUGGUCAACUUAGUCAAAGUUGCCAAAAUGAUUCAAGUCUUAUUCAACUACCUGAUAUUUUGUUACGAUGGAUUCAACAAGAUGAACAAGAUUCAUUGAAUGAAAACAAUUCUAUUUAUUUACCAAUUUAUACAAAUAAUACUCGUGAACAUUUGGUGACAUAUAUUCGAGUCCCCUGUCCUUCAGGUAGUCAAAAACAAUGGAUUCAAGCUGGAACAGCUUUAUUACUUCAUUGUUUGUAAUGAAUAACUGUGAUUGAUUGAGUCAUCUAUCUACGUUCAUUUCUUCCAUGGAUUAUAUAGGAAUAAACACAUUUUGAUUAUUAUCAGUUAUGUGAAUAUGAAUUGCUCAUUAUACUUCGUUAGAUUCUUUGUUUAUACAACUAUAAUUGAUUAAUAUCGUAUUAUAUUGGUAAAACGAAUAUGAUUUUUAAAAAAAACUUAAUAUCUUGUGUGUUUUUACAUAAACUAAGGUAAAUGUAUCUGCUUAAAAC